AUGGAGAUAAAAUGUCUUUUGGGGACAAAAGUAGAAUGGCUAUACUAUAUUCUACAGGCAUUCAACUCUGGUGAUUUAGUUUGCUAUCAAGAACUCUGUUAUGUUCAUAAAGCUGCGCUGAGCGCUCAGCCAGCAUUAGUACAGAAUGAGAAGAAGCUAUUGGAAAAGAUCAACAUUCUUUGCUUGAUGGAAAUAAUAUUCAGUUGUCCUUCAGAAGAUCGAACUAUUCCAUUAAGUGUCAUCGCAGAGCGUACAAAACUUUCCAUUGAGGAUGUGGAGUAUCUUCUCAUGAAGAGCCUCUCUGUUCAUCUUAUCGAGGGGAUAAUUGAUCAAGUUGAGGGAACAGUUCAUGUUUCGUGGGUUCAACCGAGAGUUUUGGGGAUCCCACAGAUCAAAUCAUUGUGUGACCGCCUGGACAACUGGUUAGAGAAAGUACACACUGCCUUGUUAUCGGUUGAAGCAGAAACACCUGACCUAGUAGCAUCUUGAUAUCUUGUUUAUUGGUCUCCUUUUUCUCUGCUCUCUAUCAAUCUAUGAUGCCAGGAAGAAA